AUGAGUAAAGCCUUUGACAGCAUUAAUCACAAUAUACUUCUUGCUAAAUUGGAGGAUGUUGGCGUUUCACCUUCAUGCCUGACUUGGUUUAGAAGUUAUCUGAGCGAAAGAUAUCAAGCAGUACGCAUAAAUUCUACUCUAUCUGAGAAAUUGCCAGUGGUUAGUGGUGUCCCACAAGGAAGUAUUCUCGGUCCGUUGCUCUUCAGUAUUUAUGUCAAUGAUCUACCGUCUGCCCCUAAAACGUGUUCCUCUGAAUCGUAUGUUGACGAUACUAAACUCCUUCUGUCCUUCCAUAUCAAUGACUCUAAUGCUUGCUCUGGUUGAUCUGAAUGAAGACUUAAUUAGAAUUCGAAAUUGGUGUUUCGACAACUUGCUCUUGCUCAACCCAGGCAAGACCAAAUUGAUGGUCUACGGAAGUCGUCAAAUGCUCGCAAGGCUACCUGAAUUUAGACUCUCACUACUCGGUAAAGAACUAACACCUGCUGCAACAGUCAAAGAUCUGGGAGUUACGUUUGACCCAAUCCUCUCCUUCGACAACAUAUCCUUUCCACCGUCUCGUCCUGCAAAUCAAGCCUCUGUCAGAUAA